AUGAACAUCCUGUUCGGGUUUGUGAGUGGUGUUCUCCAUGUCAGCCAGUCGAACGCAUCAUGCUUCACCGUAUCCAACCUGUACUACAACCAAGCCGUCCUAAACAAGAUGGCAGAGACUUUCGAUGUCACCUUUGAAAAGGCCUCGUCGGUAGCCACGCUGAUGCAAGCCGGCUAUUGCAGCGGUUUGCUGUUCAUCUGUCCGCUUGGUGACAUCUUUCCCCGACGACCAUUCAUACUUGGGUUGAUUGCCUUUACCGCUACCCUGUGGAUCCCCCUCUGCCUAACAACCUCCUUUCCCUCCUUCGCCGCCAUCUCCUUCCUCUGCGGCGCCACCACCGUUACCCCGCAACUCAUGCUCCCCCUAGUCGGCGAUCUUGCGCCCCCCGCCCGCCGCGCCUCUUCGCUAGCCGUCAUUGUCUCCGGCCUCUCGCUCGGCGUCCUUCUCGCCCGAACCUUGGCCGGCGUGUUAGCCAGCUUUACAUCCUGGCGCAACAUCUACUGGUUUGGCUUAGGCGUGCAAUGGCUCGUCUUCGGGCUGCUCUACAUCUGGAUGCCUGAUUACCCCUCCAAAAACCCAGACACAAAGUUCAACUAUUUCAAAAUGCCGUGGCAGAUUGCGCGACUACUGGCCACUGAGCCGUUGUUGCUGCAAGCCGCGCUGGUGGCCUUCCUGCACAGCGGGAUUUUCACGAGUUACUGGACGACGCUGAGUUUCCUGCUGAGCAGUCCGCCGUACGAGUACUCGUCAAUGGUGAUUGGGUUGUUCGGGUUGAUUGGUGUGGUGGUGAUUGUGUGUGCGCCGAUUUACUCGCGGCUCAUAAUCGAUCGGUUGGUGCCGCUGGUGUCUGCGAUCAUGGGCCUGGUGGUCGAAACGGUGGGUGUGGUGGUGGGCACGUCGGUCGGCAGCUUUAACGUCGCAGGUCCCGUGGUGCAGGCUAUUAUGAUUGAUUUGGGCGGACAGUUUACGCAGAUCGCGAUGAGAAGUUCGAUUUAUGGCAUUCAGCCGUUGGCGAGAAACCGGGUCAAUACGGCGUAUAUGGUGGUCAGCUUUGCUGGGCAGUUGACGGGGACGGCGGUGGGGAAUAGGCUUUAUGCUCAGGGUGGGUGGGUGUACAGUGGUGCUUGUGGGAUUGCCUUUGGCGGGUUUGCGUUGAUUAUCUGCCUUGUCAGAGGACCAAGAGAAAAAGGGUGGGUUGGCUGGUCAGGGGGUUGGACUUGCCGGAGAGAGGACUUAGCGCCGAAGAAGAGUGAGAUGACAACGGAACAGACACUCGAGGAAGCCGGUGCAGUUGGUGAAGGCGGCGAAGACGUUCAACGUGACGUUCAGUCUGCCAGUGCAUCCAAUGGUGGGAACGUUACAAGUGAUGGCGAGAACCAGCAAUGAUCGUUAGGGUUCGUCUGGGCUGUUGGCCGAGUUAAUCAUGUUUUGGCUACUAUCUCGGACUACGUACACGUCAAUUCAUCAAAUCUACGUAGGGCAAAUACCCGAAGCACAUAUACCAUUUA